UAUAUCGGACUCAAAAUCAAAAGCAUUACCUUCCCAUUCCUACAAACACUCCCAACUUUAUCUUCUCUGCUCAAUUUCUCUCAUCCAUCGUUUCUUUCCUGGAUUCGGGGGUUUCAUUUUCAUUUUCAUUUUCAUUUUCAAUAAUUAAACAAUAUAUAUAUAUAGAUUUAUAAAUUGUUGGCACAAAUCCCAAUCUCGCAUCAUCUUUCUUUCACUCUCUACCUAAACAAAAACAAAACAAAACCGAAAAAAAAAAACUUUUCUUUCUUGUGGUGUCUAGAACUGUGUGUAAAUUUUCUGGUGUGUAUGUGAAUGUUAGUAAAUUGAUUUAUCGGAGGAUGUCCGGGUUCGGAAUAUGGAGAUGGAAGACCAAGCUCAGAGAAAUGACAGUCACAUCGUCAACAUCUUGGGUAUCUUCAGCAUCAACUUUGAAUCAUCAUCAUCAUCACCGGUUGUCUCAGAUACCGAAUCGAUCCUCGAAUUGUCUUCUUCACAUGGGUUCGUAUCAGAUUCAGCCGACGAGGACGAGGACGAGGACGAAGAUGUUGGAGUCUUUGAUCGGAGGAGUUCAGGCGCGGAGGUACAAAUGGGACCACGGCGGCGGAGGCGGCGACGAAACUCGCAGAAUUAGGGCCGAGGCCAACUGCCCUCGCUGCUCCAAACACAUGGAUCUUCUCUUCUCCAAUCGCCACCUCCCUCUAUCCCCCAUUCCCGCCGGCGGCGGCGGUGGUGGUGCGCCGCCUGACUCUGAUAGAAAUGAUAAUGGUGGUGGUGGAGGAGGGGCGUAUCAAGCGGUGAAUCUAUGCCCUAGUUGUAAAACCGCUUACUACUUUCGGCCGUACAAGAUUGCCCCACUUCAGGGUAGCUUUAUCGAGAUUGGGAGGGUUAAAGGGAAGGACUUGCCUGAGAAGAAGACCGGGAGUACUGAAGAUUGGCUCAGAGUGUCUUUUUGGGAGACUGUGAAGUCGUACGGUGGUGAGCCGCCGGAGAAUUGGCCGCCUCCGCCGGCAGGGAAUGGGCUGGCGGUGCAUACGCCGCCUGGUCCGCCUUUUGCGCCUGGAGUUAAUCUCAUUCGUGCUGCAGGUCCGAAGAGAGGUGGAAAUGGUAGCGGUGGUGGUGGUAAUGGUAAUGGUGGUGGUGAUAGUGGUUCAGAGAAGAAUGGUUGGGGCGGGUCGAAUUUGGGGAAGGAUUUGCCGACGCCAAAGGAGAUCUGCAAGGGACUCGAUGAAUUCGUCAUUGGCCAGGAACGCUCUAAAAAGGUACUUUCAGUAGCUGUUUAUAACCACUACAAAAGGAUAUAUAAUGCCUCCUUGCGGAAAGGGUCAGGAGCAGAGUCAGGAAUAUCUGGGACAGAAGAUGAUGACGAUAAUGUGGAGUUGGAAAAGAGUAAUGUACUGUUGAUGGGUCCAACUGGUUCAGGGAAGACAUUACUUGCAAAAUCCCUUGCUCGUUUUGUGAAUGUGCCCUUUGUUAUUGCUGAUGCAACAACUUUAACCCAGGCUGGUUAUGUUGGAGAAGAUGUGGAGUCCAUAUUAUAUAAACUGCUUAUGGUUGCUGAGUUUAAUGUACAAGCAGCUCAACAAGGGAUGGUUUAUAUUGAUGAAGUUGAUAAGAUAACCAAAAAGGCUGAGAGCUUAAACAUAAGCAGAGAUGUUUCUGGAGAGGGUGUCCAGCAGGCAUUACUGAAAAUGCUGGAAGGAACUAUUGUGAAUGUUCCUGAAAAGGGGGCAAGGAAGCAUCCUCGGGGUGAUAGCAUUCAGAUCGAUACGAAAGAUAUCCUGUUUAUCUGUGGUGGAGCAUUUAUUGAUUUGGAGAAAACCAUUUCAGAGAGACGGCAGGAUUCUUCUAUUGGGUUUGGAGCACCCGUUCGUGCUAAUAUGAGAACUGGUAGAUUAACUAAUGCUGUAUUGACAUCAUCCUUACUAGAAUCUGUAGAAAGUAGUGAUCUUAUUGCAUAUGGGCUUAUACCAGAGUUUAUUGGACGUUUUCCUAUUUUGGUUAGUUUGUCAGCUUUAACCGAGGACCAACUUGUUCAGGUCCUCACAGAACCAAAAAAUGCUCUUGGCAAGCAGUACAGGAAAUUGUUAGGCAUGAACAAUGUGAAGCUACAUUUUACAGAAAAAGCUCUGAGAAUGAUCGCAAAGAAAUCGAUGGCUAAGAAUACUGGUGCAAGGGGUUUGAGAGCCAUACUGGAAAGCAUUCUAACUGAGGCUAUGUACGAGAUUCCAGAUGUGAAGACGGGAAAUAACAGAGUAGAUGCUGUUGUCAUUGAUGAGGAGUCAGUAGGUUCAGUAAAUUCCAUAGGAUGUGGGGGCAAAAUUCUUCGUGGAGAGGGAGCGCUUGAGCGUUACCUGGCUGAUGCCAAGUUGAAAGAUCAAGUGCAAACUGGUGAGGCAGCUGAUGGGGAGUUGCAGGAGGGUGAUUCAGAGGUCACUUCUAGAGCAAUGAGCAUGUAAUAUUAUUUUUACUGCUGGUCAUUGUUGCCCACGUGUAAAAUGUUGUGGUUUCUCCAUUGAAUUGUAAAGAUCACAUUCAUAAUUUGGUGUAAUUUUCCCUUUGUAUAACAGCAUAUAGCAUGUAGGUCAAAUUCAAUUCACCAUAAGAAAGUAAAGUAACCCGAGAGAAAGAAAGAAUUGGUUGUUCCAUUUUUAAUUUAUAUAAAAUGAUAUUUUCAGUUGAGGCAGAAA